UCGAAAGUUUUCUGGGAGUUGUAGUCCGAGGUUCCGGACCCUCCGAGGGCGUUAGCUGCCUUUUGAACUCCCAGGGAGGAUGGAUCCCGGGACGGAUUCAACGCCGCUUGCCGCCCUGGUUUGGUCGUCCGCCUCGGCGCCGCCGCCGCCGGGUUUCAGCGCGAUCACCUGUACCGUGGAGGGCGCGACGGCCAGCUUCGGCCGAGGCUUCGCGCAGAAGGCCGGCUACUUCCUGUGCCUGAGCACACUGGGUAUCCCAGAGAACCCUCAGGACAAUGUGGUAGUGGACAUGCAGAUCGUGAUGGACAAGGGGCCCCUGCCACCAGGCUUCUCUACAGUCAACGACCCUCAGGAUGCCAGGACCUCUGUGUCCAAGAAGAAGCGCAUGUGUGUGAAGCUGAUGCCCCUGGGGACGGCAGACGUGGUAGUGAGUGACGUGAAGCUCAGUGGGAAAACCAAGACCGUGCCUGGGUAUCUGCGAGUGGGGGACAUUGGUGGCUUUGCCAUCUGGUGCAAGAAAUCCAAAGCCCCAAAGCUGGUGCCCAAGCCCGGCACACUCAGCCAGGACAUGCGAGGCCUCUCACUGGACCAACCCAAAGAGCCCAGCAAAGGUAGCCACCCAGAGCGGACACUGUCCAGACUGGGCUCUCGGGCUUCCACCCUAAGGAGGAACGACUCCAUCUAUGAGGCAUCCAGUCUCUAUGGCAUUUCAGGUGAGCCCCGAGGGAAGAAAGUAAACCUGCAGUGGGAGGUCUCUGGAGAUGCUCCCAGGACCAUGGCCGGGGAAGACACAAGAGCUAGAUGCAACCUCUCCUUGGCCUGUCCUACCAAGCAUUUAGAUUUUAAGCUUUAUUUUUAUUUAUACAUGUGGGUGUUUUGCCUGCAAAUGUGUCUGUACAUUGCCCUGGGAGGCCAGAAGUGGGCGCUGGAUCCCCUGGAACUGGGGUUGAAAGGGUUGUGAGUUGCCACAUGGGUGGUGGGACCUGAAGCCAGGACCUCUGUAAGAGCAGCUGGUGCUCUUAACUGCUGAGCUGUCUCUCUAGGCCCCAAACCGUAUUUUCCCCCCUCGGUGGCUGUGGAGAGGGGGCGACCGGGACCUCACGCUCUGCAGUGCUCUGGGCAGAAUCCAGGAUGUGUUGUGUGAUGCUUUUCGUGCAUGGCAUUAACACGACUGGCUCUGACUGGUCACCACCAACAGACCAGGGCUGUGAGAGUCACUUCAGGGAUCUCGGGUUUGGGUUUGCAGCUCAUGGGUGAGUUCCAGGAGUAUGGCACCCAGAAGCAGCCUCAGUGCCAGGAAAUCUCAUCUGCAGGGCUGACGAGCCCACAGCUCCAUAGCCAGGUCCCCUUCAGGGAGCUCUCCACACUCUGUGGACUUGUUGGGCCACGUGACAUUAAGGAAAAAUGACGAACAGUGGUUGGAAGUCAGCAGGAGGGAAGGGACCACAGCCAGCAGGCCUGAUUUCAGGAUCAGUUACAAGCAGUCAGAGCAGCUCUAAUGAAGAUCAGCCUGUGCUACCUGGGUGGUCAGGGUCACACCAGGAGGCCACAGGUUCUGGGUUCUUCCCCCUCAGCCUCCCUGGGUUCUUUCAUUGCAGCCAUGGAUGGGGUUCCCUUUACCCUGCACCCGAGAUUUGAGGGCAAGAGCUGCGGACCCUUGGUGAGUCCUCAGUGUAAGGGGAUCUGGGCCACUGCUGAAGGGGCUGCAACAUUCCUGCUUCCCUAUGACUGGGCAUAUGGACAUGGGCAUGAUGCGAUCGGGAGAUGGACAGAGGCCAAGGAGUCUUGGAGUAGGAUGUGGGAGGUGGGGUAAGAGUCUUGGGCUAGUGUCUGUGGGGCCAGUCCUAAAAACUGGGAGCACUGGGGACAAGCAUGAUGGUGCUCAGAGGACAUCCCAGUACUCCCAUGAGUUUGAGGCCACAUGAGACCCAUCGGGGAAACUGGGGCAUGCUUGAAGAGGUGGUCCAGCCAGUUAAGGCACUCGCCACCAAGCCUGACCUAAUUUCAGUCCCUGGGUCCCACAUAGCAAGAGGGACCAACUCCUGGGAGUGCUCUCUGUGGUAUCAUAGACAGACCUUGGUGAGUGUGUGUGUGUGUGUGUGUGUGUGUGUGUGUGUGUGUGUGCACGAGAGUGUGCGCAUAUACAUGGCACAUGUGCACACACCACAGUUCAGUGGGACUCAGGCCGCUCACUCUCAUUCUGUCCCUUAGAACUUGUCUGCCUUUGGGGACCUGACGAUUAAAUCACUGGCAGACAUUGAGAAGGAGGUAGGUGCAGGGCUGUGCAAGGUGCUGGGGCCUACCCUGUGCCCUGGUCUGCCCCCACUCCUCAGUCCUUCCCAACGCCCCUCCCCCCUGGCCCCAGGCCCUCAUUUAGCCCCCCACCUCUGCUCCCCAGUAUAACUAUGGCUUCGUGGUGGAGAAGACCGCAGCUGCACGCCUGCCCCCCAGUGUCUCAUAGCCCAGCCACAGGUGCCACCUGGCGCCACCUGCCUCACAGACACUGCUGAUCGGCCCCAGCCUCUCAGCCCGGCUACUUGCACAAGGGGUCUCUUGCCUGGUGGUGCAGGGGCGGCCUGGGCAGAGCAGUGACCUUCUCUCAGAAGUCUGAGUCUAGCAGCCACAUAUGCACCAGCAGUAAACACUACCUGGAACCUAC